UACUCCAUUAACCGAAGCCUAUGAACUACAAACUCAUGUGAGCACCGCCAAAAUACUCCAUUAAAAUCAAACCCAGGAGACGACGAGAGAAACCGAAUGAAGAUUAUUAACGCUUUGCUACAGUCUUCUAACAGGUUUCUUCCGUAUUCAUCGCCUUCGGCAAGAAGGUUUUGGCUCUCGGGUUUACUCCUAACGCGCUCCAGCAACCUCCAUGCCCCUGCUCUCUUUUCUUCUCAUUUGCCUCGUUAUUCUCCAACACCCACAGCCUCCUUACUUUCUUCUACUUCUCUAACAAUUAGGCUUGCUAGCAGCACCUCCUCUGAAGAUAAUCAUGAUGAAGCAACAUCAAAUGAAGAGAAAGAAACCAUAGAGGAGUGGGAAGAGGAAGACGAAGCUGAACCGGAGAUUGGUGAUGGAGGGGAUGGUGGUGGGAGUUGUAUUGCCAAGGGUGUCCCCUGGGGGGCGAACGGGUUCUGUUCCAUUGCCAACGAGGUCUUGUUGCAGUUUGGUGAUGACAUGAAAAUUUAUGCAUUCAAAGCUACUCCCCGUGGAUAUAUUUAUGUGAGACUUGACAAAUUGUCAAAUGAGUAAGUUUUCUAAAACUCU